CCGCCGCUCCUGACCCAACCGCGCGACGUCCCGACCCGCAACAACAAACGGCGCUGGCGGCCGCUCUGCCCUCUUGCUUGUUGUCCUCGACAACGCAAUUGAACAGAGCAAUCAGCAGCACCAUUUGCUCGGCCCACAUCCACACAUCCCACACCCCAAACAUGUCGCGUUCAAAAGCCCGUCACUCGUCUCGCAAGCUUCGAGCCUCUUUGUCCCUCGUCCUCGUCCAAGUCCACCAUCCGCGCGUCCCUUGAGGCCGUCGGCAAUCGUCCUCGUUCUGCUCCUUCGUUGCGAGUCUACUCAAGGGCUUGGUUGUUAUAGAGGCAUUCCCUUCCGAGUUUCUGGGGGUCUGUGGACGAAGGGAGUCUGGAGCCGAGGGGACAAAUACGACCUACGACAAGUAGAUCAUGGCGACAAACGCGCCCUACUACCAGAUCCGCGGCCAGUUCACCAAUGGCGCAAACGCCGCCGCGUUCCCGCCUGGCAUCGACGACCACGACUAUGUCCUCCCCGAUCCGCUGGCGACACAUCAUGCAUCGUCGCUCUCUGCUUCUGGUGAGCACGAUGACAGCCAAACUUCAGAGACCCGCCCUGCUGCUGUAACCCUGGGAGAGAAUCACAAUUUGGUCGAGCUGAUUGAGGCUGCUACUACUGCCGCCGGUCAGGCCGCCGACGCUAUCAUGAAUAAGGAGAUACAGGGUCCGAAGUUGGUACAGAUGUCUGCGCUGGGAAAGAGGAGGAGGCAGGAGAGUCCUGAGAGAGGCGAUGGAGGUGGUACGGGAAGUAAUCAGGUCCAAAGAGAUGUGGCUCCCAUGCCCAAGCGCUUGAGGACCGACGCCCCUACCGAUCCUAACGUCCAUGGAGCUGAGAUCGAAGCAAGAAAUAUACAAGGAACCAGCAUGUCGCCUCCAGCGGAACGGCUCCUUCAAGACGCUCGCGCUGUCGGCGUCCAUUCCGCCGCCGCCCUGUUCAGACCCACCAGAGAGCCCGCGCGGAAGUACACGCGGCCGCCCAUGUCGAAGCUUUUCAUGUCGUUGCAACUCACCCCAGAGAACUUCGUCCAGCUGCAGGCUCGAGCCAAGGCGUAUAUGCUGGACCCUUCGCAUCCGGAACGCCAGAAUUGCGUUGGCAAUCGUGGCAAGGGGGACACGGAUAUGGUCAAGUUGAAGCUGUUCAACACCGUGCGCGACUUCCUAAAUGAUGGCGUUGGAGACAUGUUCUUCGGGGAGGAGGUGGAGAAGCCGGCCGAGGACGAUGCCAUUGAGGCUGCUAGGGCGUUGGGUGCGGAGGGGGUUCCCGCCGAGGGCAAGUUGGUGUGGCCGAGGGAUGGGAAUAAGAUCAUUAGUCUUGUCACGCCAUUGUUGAGGAGGAUGGUUACCAAUGAGCGGCAGAGGAUGUAUGCCAUUGAGACGAGGAAGGGUGGGUUGAAGAAGAAGGAUGGGAGUACGGGUGCUGGGAGCAGGCAGGGGAGCCAUGGACCGCAUAUGGCCGCUAUGGGCGACCAGGGAGGAGCGACGCAGAAUGUUUCCCAUGAUAGCAACUCUGCCAUUCCCCUCCCAGUCCACCAUCCACACCCCCAGACCUCAACAUCACCAACAAGACUCUAUCACUAUCCCUCUGGAGCCACAAACGAUAUGUCCCACACCCUACAGACCGACCCUUCCAUCCCCGUCCUCCCGCAAUCACCACACCUGGAACUCUCGACCCUUCCCUCAAAGAUCAAACAGCGCCCGCUCCCCACACCUGCAACCCGCGCCUUCUCCCUCCGCAAAAUCGACAUAUUCCUCUCCCACAAUGACAUCCCUCUCAAACCCUCCGAUCGUAUCGUCGGCCCCGGCCCCUUGAUGGAUUUCUCCUGGCAUCAGCUGCAGCAGAAGGUUCGCCAGCGUGUAGAUGUGGCGCUGGCCAUGUAUCCGGACUUGCGUCCUGCAUUGGGGGGACAAGGACAGAUAGAUGCGAGGUCCGAGGAGGUGAAAGGGGGAAUGGUAACGGAGGAGUUGCGCGGGCUCGCUGUUGCGGCUAGGGAGAGUUGUGCGGUGCGAGAAGGGGCGGUGGGUGGUGAGGCCGAGACGAGUGAGAAUGUGGGAUCUGCGGCCGUUCGGGAAUCUAGUUUCGACGUCUCUGCCGCGCCUACGAAUACGGAGCCAGAGGCUUAUUCGGGCGAGUCGAGUAUCAAGGGCGUCGACACGUCCGCCCAUACUGUCACCGGUGAUAACGACACCACGAGCACUUCCUCCACCACAGCGCCGCUUGGGGAUCAAAAUUCGCAAUGCCCAGUGUCGUCGAAGAGCGAUACUCCCCAGUGCAGCAGCACGGAGCAGGGAACUCAGAAGCCGCAGGCGCAAAAGGAUAACCAGGAGCGGCUACAGCUAGUCGACUCUAUGUCUCACAAUGUCAAGGUCAAGGUCAUGCUGACCUCGGGGCUGAAAGAGAUGACGUCUGAGCGGGAUUGGGAGGACGCAAAGGUGGAAAUUGGAUACGCUGUGUGGGCUAAUGGACGGGUGACGGUGGUGGUGGAGAUGGAUUGAGGUGUUUGUUGGUAACUUUUAUUUCUUUUUUUAUUUUUUUCUUCUUUUUGUUCAAACGUUGAUUGUCGUUUUGCACGUCGGGCGUUGUUGUGCUGUUAGUUGCGCGGACGGGGGGUCGGGGUUAGAUGGGCGUAAGUAGGAGUUAGAUGGUGUAAUGGGUGUAAUGGGCGUCAGGAGGUGAGGGGCUACUUCAUUCGAUCUUCUUAUUCUUUUUUCUUCCCCGGAAUGUUUUCAUAUAAGAGGAGAUUGGUGUUUGCGGCCGGGGCAUGGCGUAACUUCUUCAUGUAUCAGAUACCACCUCAUCAGUCCAGGCUUGACGGGUUGUCCCUCAAAUCUCCUUUGCAUGCUCGUUUUAGAUGGCGUAAACUGCGCCUCGCCGUCCUCCCGUUUGUUACCUCGGCGAAGAGAUUGAUUGUCUGGAAAGCGUCCCCGUCCCCUUCCCCGUCCACUUGCUCGAAAAAGUUGGACUAU